AUGGAUAGCUGUCAGGUACAGGGGAGGCCUGACCUGUACGGGCUCGGCCUUCGAGUCGCAUUCUAUAUCCAAUGGUUCGGCGCAAUCAUUGUAGAAUACCUCGAGGUCGCCGACCUGCCCGACAUCAGGCUCAUUGGCCUCCUGUUUUCCGCGGCCGCCUUCUUCGGGCUGAUUGUCAAAGUCACCGUGACCACCCUACAGCCAGCUGAUGUCUAUAUCGUCUUCCUCCUAGCGAUGGGCAUCUACUUCUUCCUGGUUCCAUUGUAUAUAUGGAAAGCGUUGACGUGCUUCAACCCAUACUGGAACCCCUUCCGAUGGGCCAAGGAGGAUCCAAGCCCGGCCUUCAAGGGUCUCAGCUUCACGUUGCUCCUGGCGUUGACAGCGCUGGGCAUCUGGUUCUGGUGCUCGUUCGUUCCGGAGAAUCCAUGCUCCUCGUCUCAGUGCGGCUUCUUCUUCAGUUGCGUCAAGCUUGGUAACAAGGCAUUCGUCGCCUUCAACGCGAUUCUCUGCUUUGCCAUCCUGUUGGUUUGUGUCGUCGUCUUGCUGCUCAAGAUGGGUUGGAAGAUACCGUUCUGGCGGCAGAGGCGCAAGAAGCGUAGGAUCAGAGCGGUGCACGUCAUGUUAGUCAAGGAGAUCAAGACUUUGAGCAAUAUUGCCGUUGCGGCCACUCUCACCGCUGCCGUUGAGCUGACCAUCUCGUGGAAUCACAUCCAAGAUGUAAACAACAUUUCCGACGUCGUUCAAAUGCUUCCUCUCUUCAUCAGCGCUGGAUUUCUGGUGCGCAUACUGUUCCUGCACUUUGCGGGGGCGAACGAAAGCUCGGAUUCCUCCGAAGAAGACAGUGAUGGCGAGUCGAGUAGUGACAUGACGGAGUCACAGGGUGGGUUGCCGCCGCCACCUCCUGUUCAUCCACGUUAG